UUUUACCACAUUAACCGUCGGGGAAAGACGGAGACAAACUGGGCACUAGAGCAUUGGCAGUAUCUUCAGCUAUGGGAGCAGCGGUUGGGUCAUGUCGUUCAGGGUUAUCCCAUGCAGGGCGUUAUGGAUCAUGACGAUCCGUACAUGGUGUGGUACAGGCUUAUCACACGCCGUUUCAUCAACCCCAGCUACACACCACCGUUCACCCAUUACCACCCGGCACAUGACGUCAUUAGCGGAUAUGCGGCGGAUAUGGUGGCGAUGUAUGAUGCACUGUCCCUCGCCCUUACAGACGGACCCACCAGAGCCCAGGUCCAGCGGAUGCGAGAUAUGUCCGCGACUUCCUUACGCAGACAUGGUCACGGUCAUCUCAUCCAACAGCGGGAUGGUGAUGAUGGUCACUCCAUCCAUUCGCGGUUCGACCCCGGCCAGAGUAGCAGUGGAGGUGAUCCUACGUCGCACACAGAGGCAGAGGAGUACAUCUUCCACAGUUCUGCACCCUUCAGAACCCAGGAGGACGCAUCGUCCAGCCAGCUCACUCCCCCCCCCCCCCCCGCGCCGGAACCCAUUCACCACCAUUCACCAUUACACUCGGCGUCGUCCAAGACGAAGGGACGACAGUGAGGCUAGGGAAGGGUUACACCAAAUUGAUGAGUAGUGAACGUAUUGUAUCAUUGUUUUGUCCUUUUUCCUGGAAUGCUGUAUAUAACGAUUGCAUUAUCAAUAUAAGACAUGCUGGUUGAAUGAAUCUGUUUGUGUUUUGAAGUUUUGUUUGCUUAUUUAUCCAAAUCGGAUUUAUGUCAGUCAAAAUAGAUCCUUCAGGGCUAAUGUACAUUAAACAACAGACAUUUGGAAUCCAUAGUCGAAAAUGGGGAAGAAAGGAUGGCCCGUGGUGGUUAAUGUGGUUGUUCAUGGUGGUUUUAGUGUUGUUGGUUGUGGUGGGUGGUUAUCGACGGUUGUUGAAUGGUUGGGGUUGGUGGUGGAGCUGGUUGAAGUGUUGUUGGAGGUCAAAAGUGGUGGCAGAUGGUGGUCGAUGGUGGGGGUUGUUGGUGGAUUGUGGUGGCAAGAAUCAUAGCAGGGGGUGGUGGGUGGGGGCAGAAGAAAGUGGCAGAUCAGUGGCAAAAGGCUGAUUCUGCUGCUGUUUUGCACACCAGCAGAGAAACGCUGUCCCAGACAGCGUUUUAGGUUGAAAAUAAGACGCUGUCUGAGACAGCGUUUUAGGUACAAGGAAGUUUGUACAUAAAGCGCU